CCGCGAUGCAGCCGCCCCGGGGGCCGCCCGGCGGGGCCGGGGGCGCGACGAGCGGGCUCCGCCGCCCGCGGGCCAUAAAGGGCCGGGCAGGGGCGGCGCGGCACUGCGGUACCGGGCGGCCGGCGGGUGGAUGCGGCAGCGGGGAGCGGCGGCAGCCGGCGGGAGCGGCUCCUCCCCACGCCGCCGCCGCCUCCUCCGCCGGCGGCUCCGGGCAGCGUCUCUCCGGCCGGCGGCGGCCCGGCCCUGCCCCGGCAUGGCUCUCCCCGGGGCGCUCGACGAGAUGCCCCGACAGUUUCCCAAGCUGAACAUUUCGGAGGUGGACGAGCACGUGCGGCUCCUGGCAGAGAAGGUGUUUGCCAAAGUUCUGCGAGAAGAAGACAGCAAAGAUGCGUUGUCACUCUUCACCGUGCCUGAAGACUGCCCUAUUGGGCAGAAGGAGGCCAAGGAGAGGGAGCUGCAGAAGGAGCUGGCAGAACAGCAGUCUGUGGAAACAGCUAAAAGGAAGAAAAGUUUCAAGAUGAUUAGAUCCCAGUCUUUGUCAUUACAAAUUCCACCCCAGGAAUGGAAAGCACCACCAGCCAAUCCAGUCCUGUCUCCUGCAACACCAGUUCUUCCAAGUGCUUUUGUGCCAGUCCAAGUGCCAUAUGAUGUACCAGAGUUUCAGAGAGUUUCAAUUAGUGGGGACUACUGUGCAGGGGUUACAGUUGAUGACUAUGAACAAGCUGCCAAGAGCCUGGUGAAAGCUCUUCUUAUCCGAGAGAAGUACUCGCGUCUUGCUUACCAUCGCUUCCCGAGAACAACAUCUCAGUACCUGUGCAGCAUGCGGGAUCAAAAAUGGAAGGUUGAAGAUGAGGUGUACCCAGAUUUCCAUUCACCCCCAGAAGAAAAUCAAGAUCCUUAUAAUCUCGAUGAUGCUCCAGACAAUUUGGAUUAUGUCAUCAAGCUGAAAGGUGGCAUUCCCUUUGUUUAUGACAACAAAGAGAUGAUGGAGCUCAAUGAGCCUCGGAGUUUGCCAUAUCCUGACCUGCAGACCUACACCCUUGACCUGAGCCACGUUCUCGCUCUAAUUGCAGAUGGCCCAACAAAAACAUAUUGUCACCGGAGGCUUAACUUUUUAGAAUCUAAAUUUAGCUUACACGAGAUGUUAAACGAAAUGUCAGAAUUUAAAGAACUAAAGAGUAAUCCCCAUCGAGACUUUUAUAAUGUGAGAAAGGCACUCUGCAAAAGGAUUCGUGUUGUUCAAAAGCACAAAAUGUGCAUUGCUUCCCCUCUGGCAAUAAGCACGUUCCAGAGAGGAGGAACCAGCCUGUUCUUCUCUGCCAGAGACCAUCCCUAUUGCCAGGUUGACACUCACAUCCAUGCUGCUGCCUGCAUGAACCAGAAGCACUUACUGAGGUUUAUUAAGCACACCUAUCAAACAGAGCCCGACAGGAUUGUUGUAGAGAAAAAAGGCAAGAAGAUGACUUUAAAGCAAGUCUUUGAAAGCCUUCACAUGGACCCCUAUGACCUCACUGUAGACUCUUUGGAUGUCCAUGCAGGACGUCAAACAUUCCAUCGAUUUGACAAAUUCAAUUCCAAGUACAAUCCAGUUGGUGCCAGUGAGCUGAGGGACUUGUAUUUGAAGACUGAGAACUAUAUUGGUGGUGAAUAUUUUGCUCGUAUGGUCAAGGAAGUAGCCCGUGAACUAGAAGAAAGUAAGUACCAGUACACAGAACCCCGCUUAUCCAUUUAUGGACGGUCUCCAGAUGAAUGGCUGAACUUGGCAAAAUGGUUCAUUAAGCAUAAAGUUUAUUCCCCUAAUAUGCGCUGGAUAAUUCAGGUUCCCAGAAUCUAUGACAUAUUUAGGUCUAAAAAUAUCCUGCCUAGUUUUGGGAAAAUGUUGGAGAACAUCUUUGUACCUUUGUUUGAAGCAACAAUCAAUCCCAAAGACCACAAAGAAUUGCACCUAUUCCUCAAAUAUGUGACUGGCUUUGACAGUGUUGAUGAUGAAUCCAAACACAGUGGCCAUAUGUUCUCUGACAAGAGCCUUAACCCUGACCUGUGGACCAGUGAGAAGAAUCCCCCAUAUAGUUAUUAUUUGUAUUACAUGUAUGUGAACAUCAUGUUGCUAAACAACCUUAGGAGGGAGAGAGGCAUGUGCACUUUCCUGUUUCGACCUCACUGUGGAGAAGCUGGGUCUAUCACGCACCUUGUUUCUGCCUUUCUGACAGCAGACAACAUCUCUCAUGGAUUGCUCCUGAAGAAGAGUCCUGUCCUCCAGUAUCUGUAUUACCUUGCACAAAUACCCAUUGCUAUGUCCCCACUUAGUAACAACAGCCUGUUCCUGGAGUACUCCAAAAAUCCACUACGGGAAUUUCUCCAUAAGGGGUUGCACGUCUCCCUCUCCACAGAUGAUCCUAUGCAGUUUCACUACACAAAGGAAGCUCUCAUGGAAGAAUAUGCUAUUGCAGCUCAGGUGUGGAAACUAAGUACGUGUGACUUGUGUGAAAUAGCAAGAAACAGCGUUCUACAGAGUGGAUUGUCAGAUAAGGAAAAGCAGAAAUUUUUAGGGGUGAAUUAUUGCAAGGAAGGGCCUGAGGGAAAUGACAUUCGAAAGACAAAUGUUGCCCAGAUCCGGAUGGCCUUCAGGUACGAGACUCUGUGCAAUGAACUCAGCUUCCUGGCUGAUGCCAUGAGAACAGAAGAUAUUUCUACCCUGUCCAAGUAGUUGCAAACUCAGAGAAAACAGAAUAUGUCCCUCUUAAGCAGGAAAGAUGCUAAUUAACCUCAAAUCAUCUGUCUUUGAGGCCACGGGGACGUAACUGGACAGAGACAAAGGGAGUAUCUGUGGAAGGUAAACAGCGUUUGCCGUCACCUGUUACUGCAUUAUUCUCGUUGCAAAGAUUUCAGUUUCUACGAACAUUAGGCUUUUUAAGAUUGCUGUAAAUAUUAAGUGCAAGCUCAGAAUCAUGUACUAUUUGUUUCAUACUGUCUUAACUGUGCCCUGCAGUAUAGUCUGGGAAGCCAGAGAGAAUAUCUGUAGUGCAGCUGUGCUGUGCACCUGAGGAUCCCACAGGUGCUGACAGCACAGCCCUGGGUUGGUCCUGCAAGUCUCAGUACCAGUCGUGGCUUUUAACAUUUUUAAGUUUAACCCUUUGUUCAUUAGCAGUUUCUAUGGGGUACAGAAUUUUGAGGCUACCCUUUCAUUCUGGAAAGUGUUCUGACACAGUUUUUAACUCAAUGUUUCAGCAGUUAUAUUGGAAAACAAGAAAAAACCAACAUUGGGUAAUCUUGUUCAAUGACUAAUUAAUACCUGUUGUUAUGUAGGAUAUCAGUGAAGAACAGCAGAUGAAUGCUUUUUAAUCUAGCAUCUGGAAAACCUGUGUCAAAAUCACUGUUAUACAUUGUGAUGAGUCUAAUUAUAUGAGGAAAAUUUUGCCUUGAAAGUUGAGAACACUUUUUUUAUUGCUUUGUAAUGGGAAUAUUAUGUGGAUAUGCCCUUUCAAAUUACUUAGAAAUCUACGCAGAUAAUUCUGGUUACAUGUAAAGAGAAUUUUUUUUACUUGAAAAGGGGAAGUGUUCUUAUGAAUCAGUGGUAGAAAUGCCAGACCUGGUUCUGGUCCUACUUCUGACAUAUUUUUACACAUUUGUUUUAGUCUAUAUUUUAGUCGACUACAGCUGAAUGGGAAGUCAAGCUGUCUAUUUAUACAGAAGCCAGCCCACUUGAAAUCUGUCAUUUCAGAUCAUGGUAUGUUAUGUUAAACUGUUUAUUUAUGAGGAAGUGGUUAGUAAAACACAGCUACUGGAGUAUUUAUCACUUUCCAUCUUCUAUUUCAUCAUCCUUACGACACAGUACUACUCUUUCAGAAAGGAUUAAAGGUAACAAUAUGGUGGCACCUGUGUAUUGCAGAAACUGCACAGUUUCACACCAAAGAAGACUCAAGGCUGGGGUAGCAGAGGCUGUGGAUGCCUGUGAGUCCAGCAGAGCAGCUUAGUUCAAAGGCCUGCAGUCCCUGAGGCAGGAUGUGAGCCCAGGGUUAGACCCCUGGCUCUCUAAUAUCUUGCUUAGGGACUGAGCUUCUUCAAACAGGUGUUCAGCAUUAAUGCAGAAAAAGCCAAUAACUGAUACUGGCCCAUCAAGGUUCACCUGACCUUGAACCCUGCAUGUUGUGCUCAGUCAGAUGUCAGAUCUUCUGCCACUUGUAUUUCCUAGGCCAGGCCCUUCUCCUGGAGCUUGGGCACCAACAGCCUUUCUUUCAGGAGCUCUUCAGGUCUCACGUGCCUUUGCAAAUGCAGCCAAAAGUUGUGACACCACCAGUACCAAAGGACCCAUUAAUGGCAUAAAUGUGUAGAGGCAUUGAAGACUCUCUCCUCAGGCUGUGGCAGUUCCAAGAGAUACCUGCAAGGACACCUUUUUAAUAUUCUGCUGUCCUGAAUGGAGAUAGUGCAAGGAAAUGACACUAAAGUAGGGGAAGGAGGAAUUCCUUGUCACUUCCUAUAGCUGUGCAGCUUUGCAAGAACCCCCCAAGAGAAAGAGAUAAACCUAAAGAUGUCAGGAAGCAGCCUGGAAUUUAAGGCUGCUCCAAGGGAGUCCAAGGCACGAGAGGGAAAGUUCUGGCCAUCCACUCACCAUCACAGUUAGCCAAUGUCAUGCAGAGGGAGCUGCAGUGAUUGCAGAAGCUUUUCAUCCAAAACCAGGGCUGCAGACAGGGACAGGUGGGAAUUUGACUUGAGCUCUUCAGUGCCCCUGCCUAAUGUCUGCAAUGUGCCAGAUUUUGUAUUCCUUGUACCCCUAAAAAUCACGUGAAACCACAUUAUGCUGCCCAGCUGUACAAGAGUAAAAUUGUUCCAGGUUCUGUCAGCAGCCCUUGUCAGCCUCACUGUUAGGAACUGUAGCAGCUCAUAGAAUGCAGUCUCAGGAUUGGUGUCAUUUGCUUAGGAUGAAGUCUGAGAAAGUGGUUUAAGCUGUUUAGCUGCAUCAAAUGCAAAUGUCUUGUUUUCAUCAGUACAACUUCCUAAUAAACUAAUGUUACCAAUGUAACAUUAUUUGGGAGAAACAUUGGCAUCCAGGAUAAAUAAGCAACAUGCUUGGUAUGAAGAAUUUCAAUUUCAAGUAUUUCCAUUUGAUAAACAUUGCUUUACUUGGGUUGUUUCACCUGAAGAUUGUUAUUAGUGCUGCUUUUGUUGUCACUUACAUGUCUUUUUUAGUUUCCUUAAAAUUACACCAAAUUUGUGUAUGUAUUUAAUACCUUUUCAGCUUUCCUUACCUCAGGUUCUAAUAGGUCUGUAGCUGCUAUUGAAAAAAAGAAAACUGGGUUUGCAUAUUCAGUGAAAGGACAGUAAUUGGGAUUCUGACAAUAACCACAGUAACACAUAAGUGGUCAUGACCAUGAGUUCUGCUUUCUGUGCUUUCUUGUCUGCUGCUUUUAAGGGGAAAUUUGGCAUAUAGUAUUAUAUUUGAGCAAAUAAAAACAGACAUCCUUUCAAGUGUCCACUGCUGCAUUUCUCCUGGCAUCUUUAAUUCAUCCUUUAAUUGGGCAAAUGUUACUGAUUCCCAAGUUCAGUUCUUAAGCUUUGCUUUGUUUUCUUUUUUCUAAAGUUGCACUUUUGUGCUAAUGUGAGGCUGUUCAGAGUAACCUUGUGCGCUCAGGCUGUGGCUGGAAUGAAAAGACAGAUCCAGCACAAGUCAGUGCUGGACACACAGGACAGGGCUGAUCCCCCCAGCUGUGCUGAGGUCAAACCUGGUUAGAACACAGCUGCUUUGACUCAGGGGCUGGAGAACAUCACUGCAGGUGGCAACUGGGUAAGCACUGCUGCAGGAUGGAAGAACAUCCUACUUUCUUUCUCUUUAGUUCACUAGGAGAGAGGCUCAAACAUUAUUCAAGGCUUCCUUAAAUCCGUUCAUUCAAAAGCAUUUUAUACUUUCAACUUGAAAUGGUUCAUUAUGGUUAUUUGAUGUUUACAACCUAUCUACCUGAACAAUUCUUUUCUGUUGUGUUACUUUAGCAAACUUAAGGCAUUUGUUCUGCUACUGGAGAAUAUGUAUUUUUUUCACAGCCCAGAGCCACCUUAUUGUCUCCUAUCAUUGUUCUUUAUGUGUGGCUAAACAUUUCUGUUCUCUUUGCCUAGUUAUAAAUCCAAGUCUGAAAAGGUGUCUGUAAAAACUGCUUUUUCUUUCUGUGCCUGGGUUACAUGAUGUUUAUGUUUUGCCUCUUGUGGAAGCAUUAAACAUUACACUAAUGAAUGAAUUGUAAAAGAA